AUGUCCCUCAUUCAACCUACUGGCCGCAAAGGACCAAGAUUCGGCAAAGGAGGAGGCAGAAGGAAUAACAACAAUCAAAUUUACGCUUGCGCUCUUCCCGUCGCUCUAAACAGUCCCCGAUCUGACUCCUUCUCGCGAUCUCUCCUCGGCCUUGUGGGUCUCCGACUUACCACUCUCGAGACUCCGCUAUGUCAUGGGGUCUUCGAUGAGGCAACGCGCUCAGUCUGGGUUUUGGAGAAGGAAUACACUAUGCUGCUGUGGAGACGAGGAUUCUUUGGCAAAGGAGACUUGUCACGGAGUGAACCAAGUUGGCUUUCUCGUCAGAUCAACAACAGACGUACUGGAAAUCGUACGGGCGUCAUUGUCAUCUGCCGCAAAUUCUGUGAACAUGUUAUUCUAGGUUUGACUGCCGAGGAAGUCACUGCAAAACGAAGGGCAGAGCGAAAGCAAUUCAAGAUUGACCGCGCUCGGGCUAUCGCGCAAGUUGCCGCCGAAGCGGAGGAGAUUUUCAAGACAGAAGGUCGGGUAGUCGUACCGACUCUUUCGGGGCCCUCUAUUCCUUCCGGUGCGACCUGGAAACCAGCCAGCAUGUCGGCGGAGUCACCAGAGCUUGUGCCUCCUCCUGUUGAGGAUAGCCCAGCUGCGAAAGAGGAAGAAGCAGAAGAAGAACCGUUGGAAGAUCUGGAGCAUCUCCAGCUGACUCUACCUGAAGCCUUCUUUCUGAUGUGGAAUUUCGAUUGCCUUGCUAUUGAAGACCCCAAUUCAGUGCGGGUGUUUCUCCCGCCCCGCCCGCCAGUGGAUCUCCAAUUCGAUAAUCCAUUCCUGAUCAACUACAUCGUGUAUCACCAUUAUCGAUCUCUGGGUUGGGUCGUUCGGGGUGGUAUCAAGUUCUGUGUGGACUAUAUGCUUUAUAAGCGCGGUCCAGUCUUCAAUCAUGCCGAAUUCUCCGUCGUCGUUUGCCCUGUGUACGAGGACCCUGCGGACCGCGACGCCUCAGUCGUAGAUCUGCACCACUCCACACCCUUUUCCUGGUCUUGGCUCGGCACGAUCAAUCGCGUGAACACUCAAGUGUUCAAGACCCUCAUCCUUGCAUAUGUCACAAUCCCAGCUCGUUCUCGCGUUUCUCCGGAAUCGCUCAACUCUCCGGCUUGUUUGCAAUAUUACUCGGUCCGCGAAGUGAUCGUCCGCCGAUUCAUUCCUGCGCGAAUGCGAGAUUAAAUGGUAUUGUUGGUUCAUAACUAUGAUACAUCGCGCAGUCCGUAGAAUAGAUUGGAGAGAGAAGGACGUCGGCGAGAGAAACAGAGCGGACCAUUGGAUCAUAUUGCACCUUUGAUUCCGACUUUGCGGUACUUUAUUUCGUAGACCUGGCUUAACUGGGCACCGGCCAGCCGGCAAUCCAGCGUCUUCUGGGAGUCGGGACUUGUCUGAUCAGUGAAGCAUGCAGCAGAGUGUUCGACCAAAAAUUCGCGCGCUUGGUCAAUGCCAUCGAAUGCCAACUCUUGCUGAAUGAAAACAAGAGAGAUUGUGCGAUAGCUGUCGAUAAGUGGCUGAACGACGCAUCAACGGAAAAAGGCAUUACAACGCACGCUUUGGUAAUCACAAGCAGGGCUUUGACCCUCUCACGGGCAACAAAAUGGUCCAUGAUAUAGGCUCCCAUGUUUGGCACAGUGGAAUACAACUGAAAGAGAGCAUGAUAGUUGCCUGUAGCAAGAGCCCGCUGCACCUUGAGAGCGUGCACCACCGCGAGGUCUGUUUUCUGUUUCGGGGUUAGUUGACCUACAAAAAAAU